AAGCAUAAAGUGGUCUAACAUUUUCACUCAUGUGUGCCUGUUGUUUCUGUAUCACUGAUUAUUGAUUGAAAACUGAAAUUCCCACUUGACUGUGGGCUGGAUGGGGCUGGCCUGAACCGGUCUGGUUUGCAGGAUGACACUCAGCUGUGUGUAGUUAAGCACACAGAAUGUAAAACCUGGACUGGAUUCAAACGGCUCAGCUAUCGGAGUCUCAUUUUCCACCCCUGCUUAGAAAAGUGUAGUUUAACCAGAGAUAAAUAAAUCUGAGCAUGCAAUUCUAUUAUUGCCUGAUGGUAAAAUGAAUAUAUAUAAUGAAGAAGAAAAGUAAUUGAAGAACUGUAAACACACUGAUACCAGGAUUUCUUUUUUCCAGUUUAGAGGGCUAUAGACAGAUACAAACAUAGACAGAUUGAUAUAUUUAAAAUAUAUUUCAUAUCAUUGUUUUUCCCCCAUGAUCGCAACCACAUACAACAAAUAAAAUGCAAUGUUUGAGACUUGCACUCAAGUGUGGUUUCAGGAUUCACAGUACAUUAAAACAGUGCUGUAGUCCAAACUAAACACGCUGGUUCUGUAGCGCAGGUAUAAAAAAGCACGCUGGUCCUGUAGCACAGGUAUAAACAAGCAGGAAAUGUCUGAAAUGUCUUGUUCAUCAGUACAAUCAAGACAAGCAGAUCACAGCUGCAUGCUUUCAUAGAUCUCAAGAUAUUCUGACCAUCCCUUCCUAGUUUCUUGGUGCUGUGAUUCUUGGAAUUUGGUAAGAGCAUUGAUGUGAGUGAUGUAAUGUGUGAUGUAAUGUGUGAUGUAACGAGUGAUGUAAUAUGUACAAGAUGAUUCAUAGUUGUGUCAGUGUUUUGAAUCCGUUUCCAGUUCAAGACUGUAAGCAGUUACUGGGAAUUACAGAAUGUGUGUGAAAGCUACUGGUUUCCAUUCGGAUACACAGACAGGUCAUUUAACAGGUUUACACUGGGCAGCUCACAAGGAACGAUCUAAACAGGCUUUGUUUCAAAGUUUGAAAAAGUUUAAAAAUCUCCUUUUGUUUCCAGAGGGUCCCUCUGAAAAUGCGCCGCCUUUGGGUCAGAAGUUAAAGGGCCAGUCUGAGGGAGGGGUCAAGGGGAUGAUAAUAAGGAGGUUCAAGCAGGGUCCUCUUGCCAGGAGCAGCAGCCAACUGAACGAUGUCAACGGCUCCUUAGACAACGUGAGGCAGGCGAGUUUCCUCGGCUCGCGGGAGUCCCUGACGAUGCCCGCUGGCAUGGCGGAAAGCCUCGAUCUGAGCAACGACAAAAACAUUGUCAUUCGCCCGCUCCACAGCAGCAUCCUGGGGGAGAAGUACUGCUUCGAGGUGAUCAACGCGGAGGGGAGCCGAUGUUUCGGGUGCACGUCUGCAGCGGAGCGAGACCGCUGGAUUGAGAACCUGCGGAGAGCAGCUCAGCCCAACAAGGAUAACUGCGAGCGCACAGAGAAUAUGCUCAGCUUCUGGGUGAAUGACGCCAAGGACCUGGCCCCCAAGAAGAGGUACUUCUGGGAGCUGCACCUGGACGGAAGCCUCUACGCCAGGACCACCAGCAAGACCAACACUACGGGCAACCUCUUCUGGGGGGAGCUGUUCGAGCUGGACAACCUGCCCCCCGUCUCCCAGCUCACCCUACACCUCUUCCGGGAUGAGGAGAGCAAGAAGAAGUCCAAGGAGGACAACACUCCCCUGGGGAGCGUCUCCAUCUCUCUCCCCGAGCUCACCGGGAGGCAGUUCGUGGAGCGCUGGUACCCCGUCGCCGGGCACUCCGGCAAGGAGAGGAGCAGGGAGGGAGGGGCGGCGGUGGCGUCUAUCAGGAUCAAGGCCCGCUACCAGAACGUCAAGGUCCUGCCCAUCGAGCAGUACAAGGAGUUUGCAGAGUACAUCACCUUCAACUACAUGGAGCUCUGCGCGGGGCUGGAGCCAGUCAUCUCGGUCAAGGAGAAGGAGGAGCUGGCCUGCGCUCUGGUGCAUGUGCUACAGAGCAUUGGCAAAGCCAAGGAUUUCCUGAAGGACCUGGGCAUCGCGGAGGUGGAUCGGUUUGGUGAGAAGGAGUCCCUGAUCUUCAGAGAGAACACGCUGGUCACCAAGGCUAUCGACGAGUACAUGAAGCUGGUGGGGCAGAAGUACCUGAUCGAUACACUCGGGGACUUCAUCGCCGGUCUGUACCAGUCGUCGGUGAGCUGUGAGGUGGACCCGCAGAAGUGCUCCCCCAGCGAGCUGCAGGAACAGCAACAGAACCUGCGCAGCGGCUGCGAGGAGGCUUUCCAGAGGAUUACAGAGGCCUACAGCUCAUUUCCGGGGGAGCUGAACGAGAUCUUCUCGUGCUGGCAGGAGGAAUGCUCCAUCCGGGAGAAACGCGACAUCGGCACGCGGCUCAUCUGCGCCUCGCUCUUCCUGCGCUUCCUGUGUCCCGCCAUCAUGAGCCCCAGCCUCUUCGGCCUGACGCAGCAGUACCCCCCCGACGGGACGGCCCGGACCCUCACCCUCACCGCCAAGGUCAUCCAGAACCUGGCCAACUUCACCCUCUUCGGGGAUAAGGAGGAAUACAUGCUGUUCAUGAAUGAGUUCCUGGAGCAGCACUGGGAUCAGAUGCGUGCUUUCCUGCAGGAUGUCUCGAACCCGGACAGCGAGGUCCACAUGUCUCGCUUCGACGGCUACGUGGACCUGCCACUGCAACUGUCCGUUCUGCAUGAGCUGCUGUGUGCCAUCAUAGCACCUAUAGACCAGCCCGCCAUUGACAAGCUGCACCCCCUCCCUUCCAUCCUGAACAGGAUCACAGAGUCGCUGGGGAGCAGUGCUCCGAGAAUCAGUAUCAGCAGCAUGCUUGUUGAGCGGAGCAAGCCAGUAUACGUGCCUCCCAAAGACCUGCUGAAGUACAGCCCGGUGAACAACUCCAUGCAGCAGAUCUACUGCGAGGACAAGUACAGAGCGCUGGGCAAGGAGCGCAGGGCAGUGCAGCGCACCCAGAGUGUGCCGGCCAGGAACAAGACCCACAAGGGCCUCCCCGUGCGCCAGGCCAGCACGGAGGAGCUGCCCCCCUAUCCGAUGACCCCCCAGCUUGACAUCUCCUACCCAGCCAGCAGGCAGGACCGCCAAACUCAGGACCAGGCUGGGAUGAAACAGCUGUCCAAGACCGUUCCCUGGAUAAAACCGUCUCCCGAAUCCCUGGCAGACAAGAAAGAGAAUGAGGGAUUACACCCGCUGGAAAAGCACGAUCAGGAGCUGUCCGAACUGCGCAGGGAUCUGGACUUGGCAGCAGACAGAGAAAUGGAGCUGGCAAAAAGGUUGGAGGACUUCAUCGCGCAGAGCCAGGACCAGCAUGCACUGCUUCAGGGCCAGGUGCAGGAGCUGAGAGGCCAGCUGGAGGCCAGGGAUGAGCAGCUCGCCAGUGCCACCUUCAGGCUGAGCGUGAUUGAAGAGGAGCGGGGAGAGGAGCUGGACAAGCUGAGCUCUGCAGCGGCUGCCCUGGAGAGAAUGAACAUGCUGGAACAACAAUACGCCGAUUUGGUUCAGGUCAUUAACCAGCUGAAGGAGACUCUAGCAUCGAAUCAGACCAGCAACCACAUCACUCCUUCGAACCCGGAGGAGAAACCGGUACAGAAAGGAGAGUCUGAGACCAAGGGACCUUAGCUCUUUCUACAGCCAUUCUCCAAGGGCACCACACAGAUGGACCCAAAACAUUUUACUCUACCUGGACGCCCAAAUCCUACACGUCAUUCUGAAAUGCCGCGAUUGAAUUUCUCUACGGCGUGCACGUCAAUAAAACGUGAUCUGCAGCAGACUAGAAUUGUUACUUCAAACUGCAUACAAAGCGCAAGCAUCUAUGUAGUUAGGCAAUGGCAGGGCUGGGAUAGGCUGGCGUUUGAAUUCUUUAUCACUGUUAUUUAUUAUGGAUAUAAACCGCCUCUCCAAGCCUUGCGCCGGAUCUGUAUCGUCCGUCAUCAUGGAGUUCAUUCGCGAUGUAUACGUUGGACCACGCACACAAUAUUUAGUAUUAAGCACGGCCCCAUAAACGCACAGCUUGGCAAUGUAGGCUAUAGAAGCACCCAUCACUGCAGGGCAUCUGCACUCGGGGGCAUGUGGAUGCGGUUUAGCCAGGAUCGGUUCAUUUCAGCAUGCCACAGCUUUGCAGCUCAGCGCUCCCUCACUGUUUCUUUGUGAUUCCCUGAUUCACAAACCUGGUUCGUUCCCGGUUAGGCCAUGUUGAUUGUAGAUUGACACGCACUGCACUGCAAACGUCUCUUUGAUAAUUGAUAUUUUGUUACAUGCAAGUCAGAUUGCGAGAAGAGUCCUCGAAGGCUAGUCCAGCAAAUGGAUGAGUAACACAGCCAGCCAGCGGGGUAGAGAGGGGGGAGCAAUCAGCAUUGUGAACUCAAUUUACAACUCCACCAAGGAAAUCUCAGCCCGUUCAGCGUUGCAACCAGAGAAUUAUUUUACUAAUGCAUAGGAUUUUGCCUCCAAGUAAUGUAUUAAAUGUUUUAUUUUUUAAGUAGUGAUCAAAGUUUCCGAAUAACGAUUUUAUUUCGAGUUUGUGAGUAUUCGAGGACUCGCUAUAACUCAGCCCUAUUGGGGAUGACGGAUUUCCGUAAAAUGUACCCAUUGCUGUGCAAUAUGUAGUUCCCUGUGAACAUUCCCGUUUCUUAAAUAAGUUUCAGUUAGCCUAUUUUGUAUCACGUCAAAAUAAAUACAGAAAAUGUUUGCCUUGUUGACGCACUACCUGUAUAUGUUGAACUGCAUUAGGAACCUGGCAGCCAGUUCAGUUCGCUUCUUGUAAACGAUUGAACACGCUGCAGAGAGCAGCACGAUUUCCUUAAAAUGUCUUCAACGAAAAAGACAGCAGCUGCAUCAAAGAUCGGAAAUAUUUCCACUAAAGAUCGCUCUGUCGC